GGCUUGUAAUAAAACAUGUGGUUUAUUCAUUAAGUCAAGAGCAUAUGUUUAGGAGAUUUAAUAUAUUGUAAUACAUGGAUGAUAAUACUUUAUAGCAAAGGACUUGUCUCUAUGAUUCAUAUGUUUUAUCUCUUAUAAGUUUUGAUAAAUGGGUUAAAUGGACCAAGUGGGAGAAUGUUAGUUUUUCCCAUUAAUUACGUUUUAUUUAAUUAAUAUUUUAAUAUUAAUUAUUCAGAAAAUAAAGUACAUUUAUUUAAGGGGAAAAACUAAUCUGAAGUGGUCCAUUUAUUAGAUAAAGAUUACUCAUUAUUUCCCCGACUUAUUAGCGAGAGAAGAUCGGUAACUUCUCCCUAUUCUUUUGCCGCACGAUUGGAGCUCCUUGAUGGGAAGAGCUCAUUAAAUAGCGGCCGAUUGGCUCUUGUUUUCACUCACUGAGUCUGCUCCUCACCAUUAUAUACACAUACCAUCCAAGUGAAGGUGAAGAGAAGGGCUUGGAAAGAGCAAAACAAGAAGGGCAGUUCACUGUAUUAUCCAAGGAGAUGGCUGGAGGUAUGUAAUUCCAUAUUUUGCUUCCACUAAUCAUUGUAUUGAUCUGAAAGUAUUCUGGGAGUUUUUUGACAUGUUUAGAUCAAUCAGUUCUUACAGGGCCGAUCUUCAGCUUCACCAUAGCUGCGGCUGCAGCUCUUUUCCUCUCUGAUGCCGAAGUCGUUGGGCGGAUACAAUGGCCGUGUUGAGCUUCUGCUACGGGUCUUCUCCUCCGACGAAACUUAAGCGAUUACCGAGGUCGGCGGCAGCGAACCUUCUCCAUCUCGAGGGACGCCUGCAACGGUGAUUAGGCAGAGACCGGGGCAGUUGGCCGAAGCGUAGGAGUGCAGUCUCGUGAGGAUGACGGCUGGUAGUGAUUGUGUGGGCUAUGGCGAUGGUGAUGUCCUGGAUCCCGGCGUCUGGCCGUGACUUCGCUGCUGCCAUCCUGUUCUGCUCCUGCGGGUUGCUCUGCUGCCCGUUGGAUUCUUUGUUGCUGCUCUACUAGAUGGACUACGAGAGAUGGCAGACUACCAUAGGAAGGUUGACCUGUUCACGGGUCAACUGUAUCUUGACCCAAAAUUGACCAAAUGUGUUCUCGGUCUUCCAUGAUGGCUCGGGAUGCUUCUAAAUGUCCAAAAUCUGUUAAAACUUACAAAACUGAUUAGUAGCACCGGUUGUUAAAUUGGACCGAAAAUCCAAUCAAUUAAAGCACAAUUAACUCGAAAGUGAACUAAAUGUGAGAUUAAAAGGAGAGUAAAAAAGUAUACAAAUUGAGCAUUAUCAACUCCCCCACACUUAAGCACUUGCUUGUCCUCAAGCAAGCCAAAACUCGGGCUACAAAUUCAACGAGUUGCCAAGGCACCAAUCAAUUGAAUAAAGAAUGAAUGAGUAUAUGCAAAGAAUAGUGAAUGUCAAGAGACAAAAUGUAUAAACAAGUUAAAGAUGUUUAUUGAUCAAAUCUUCACAAGGUCACCUCUCUCUCACAUUUUCCCCUCUUGUCCUCACAAGGUCACCUCUCUCUCACAUUCUACCUCAAGGCAUGAUCAAAAGGAUUUAUGGGAUGGUUAACGUGGAUGAAAGGUUAUGGGUGGUCAAGGUGAUGGGAAAGGCCAAAUAUCUAAAGAUGGUCAGGUGUAGGAGCAAUCGAAGGUGAUCAAGGUGCAACCACGGUUCUUACCCGAAGGGGUAUCAUCUAUAGCUCCGACUUUAGUGGGCAAGCAAUGGUACACACUCAAGGCUCAACCACCUGCUAGUGUAUACCUUGAGUGUGCAAAAGGGUUUUGGUUCAAACUGGAGAUGAGUCAGCACUUUUUUUUGUUUUUUUUUUUGUUUUUGAAAGAAUGGCUGGUCAUGGAUGUGCUUAUUUAUUGAUUUGUUGGGUAUCUAAUGUAAAAUAUACUCUACUCUCGCAGAAUACGAUUAACGAGUAGAGCAGAGCCCCUCCACGGAGAUGAAAUUCCCAAGGAUAAUGUCCCAAACCAAUAACUUCGACACAACCUGACAAAUGAAGAGCAUUAGGAUUCAAAAGGCUGCCAUGCUCACCCUAGUCAUCAUUGCAUCUCAACCCCCUCAAGGGCAAAAUUUAAGGUAAAUCCACCCAUUGUGCACCUAUCAGAACCUAAUGAAAACUCAAACACCCACCACGGUUCCAAGUCGAAGCAAUAUGGUCAUAGAGCAAUAAUGGAUAGAGAAAGAAAUGGUCAAGCUCAAAUUGGCCUUACCUAAGGGGAACAUGCAAGUGAUGGGGGCGGAAAUGUGGAUUUAAUGGAGGUGAACUAAUGCCUUCUUCAUUUCAUGCGAUGAGUGUGAGUGUGUGAAAGUGUGUCUCUAAACGCUCAAGUUGUCAAAGUGAUCACUUCCAACUAGUCUCAAGCAAAAGAGUUAAUCAAUGAGCACCUUUAAACAAGUUUAUACACCUAUUCACAUGCAUGUACAAACUCCUUCUUUACAUCAAUUGAGAAGUGUCACAGAGACCACAAUCAAACUCAUAAACCACAAGUUCCAACUCACUUCAAGGAUAGCAUGCAAAACCCCCACACUAAGAGUCAAAAAUCAGCCCACUUUGGCAACUCCCCCACACUUAAAGAAAGACAUUGUCCUCGAUGUCUCAGUUAGCACACAAAGCGGGGAAAGAGACCAAAGCUCCAAUAUCAAACAAGUAAGCACAACGAUAAACAUGAAAGCACAAAAGCUAAGCGUCGGGGCGCCCCCAUAAAGCAACAAAGAUCAAGCCACAAAAGAUAAGAGAAGCUCACUAGAAAAGACACUUAUUUAAAGCAAGUAAAUGACAGUGAAAGUAAACAUGCUCAUGCAAGAAAGAGGGGAGAAGUAAAUGAGAAAAUAAAAUAUGCAAUGCACUUAGGUUGCCUCCCAAGAAGCGCUAUUUUUUAACUCGUCGUAUGCCCAACGGUUACCUCUUGAGCUCUCAAGCUCCAAGUCAUGCGGUGGAGCACUCAUUUGCAAUGCCUCCACUUUGUCAUCAAGAUUCGCCUUCAAGUGGCGUUCAUCCUUAAACUCUCUAAACCAAAUGAGGAGCUCCCAAUCUUCAUACCUUCCACAAUCAUCUACAUCAAGAAUAUAGCCUUCAUGCACAAACCCUUCCCCAUCCUCAAGUUUCUUCUCCUUGAAUCAUGUAGACAUAGGCGCACUAGUAACCAUCAAGUGAAGAGUGCCAUGAAAACCUGAAUUUGGAUUCUUCUCCUCACUCUCGAGUGCAACUUGAACCUCUUCUUUCUUUUCAACAUCAAUGUCUUUCCUCUUGAGUUCAAAGCUAUCACCCAAUAAUGCUCUAGAGAUCUCCGAUCAAGCACUACACCUUUGUUCCUCACAAAUAUGGAUAUCACUUUCAAGAAUCUCCAGCUCACCCUCUAUGCUCAACUCUUCAACUCUCUCCAUGAAUUCCUCCCAAAUGGCUUCUUCAUCACAAAUAUUUGAGGACUCAAGUUGAGUUGGAUAUUUUUCUUCUUGAAGCUCAAUGGGGAUUUCUUCUUUGGUCACCUCAUCACCACGAUCAAUACCAACUUCAUGUAUUUGCUCCUCUUGGGUGGACUCCGGAAUGCUCAACAAAGUCUCCUCCGUGAGUUCUUGAGAAAUUUACUUCAAGUCGGUGGACAUUUCAUGAAGUUCUUGUUCCCAAGAUUGCAUGAGACCACACAAAAUAUCAUCCAACUUGCUCACCAACUUCAUAGAUGACUCAUUUAGCUCAAUGGGGGCCGGAGGGUGAUAAGAAGGCACAUAGCUAGCUUGUUGGAAUCCUUGAGUACCACAUUGAGCGGAUUGCUUGAAUAGAAGAGUAGGAGGACAAUCGUCCACCUCAUGAGGCCCGAAACAAUGUUUACAUGUAUUAGCGAGAGUCUCACGUGAUGGAUACAUGGGCUCAUACAUGUACUCGGCAAUAGUUUUUCCCUUUUAGUUGGAGGGAGGGAGGGUCCAUUUGGUUGAUUGGGUGAGAGUGAGGCUUCUUGAGAUGGUGGGUAGUACGAGGUAGAGGGUGAGUAGCUUUGGUAUUGUGGGUAGGAGGGGUGAAAGGGGUAAGACUCUUGGUUUGAGGAUGUUGGGUGUAUGGUUGUGAUGCUUGAGGAGGUUGAAGGUAGGGGUUAAAAGAUUGAGAAUUUGAAGAAUCUCCCUGAGGCUCUUGACUCCCAUAGCCAUUGUAGUGAUAUGCCAUCAACACCUAUAAGAAACUUCAAGCACAAAACCAAGCAAAGAAAUACGGGGUGAAAGUAAAAGGAAUAAAAAAUGAAAAUAAAAACUAACUCCAAAAUAGAAAACACAUAUGCUAAUUCAAUCAAUCACUAACUCCAUCCCCGGCAACGGCGCCAUUUUGAUGACCUCGGGACCCGCCUAUAAUAUAACAGAUGAUAUAGGUUGUUGCGUGCGAAUCCCGAGUCAAUCAAAAAGAAGGAAAAUGAAGUGUAAAUGUGAGUGCGAGAGAAGUAAAAUGUAUAGUGGUAAACGGGAUGGGGUUUGUCGAACCACAGGGAUGGCGUGUAAGUGAGUGCAACGAUCGAAUAGGCAAAUGUGUCACUAAAGUGGAGCAAAUGAGGCUAAAACACAAACAUGAUCAAGAGGAGAUGCUAAAUGAGCUAAACUACGAAAUAAAGAUGCAUAAGGGUGUCGGGGGCAUGUUUGGAACUCACAUUGGAAUUGAGGGUUAGACAAAAUAGUAUUAGAACUUUAUUACAAGAAAGAGCAUGCACAACGGUUCCUCAGCCACUCUUGUGGUCGUAGGAUCGAUCAAUAGACGAUCUUGGCCACUCUCAUGGUCCGGAACCGCCUAUCGACACCAAUGAAAAUGAUCUAAAGCAAAGAAACCCCCUAGGCCCGCCACUCUCAUGGUUGUGCCUAGGUGUGUGUGAAAGGGGCAAAUGAAUAUCCGAUUCUCAUCUAAAUAUUCCCAAAUAAUUAAAUACAAGGUUUCUCAAAAUUGCAUUAACUAAUGUCAUUAAGGCAUUUUCACAAACACAUUUCAAGCAAUAAAAUUCGAUUCUAGUCAUCCAACAUUUCAAUCACAUAAAUAUGCUCUAAACAGCGCCCUAACCCAUCUAACUACUCAUGCAUUGGAAAUAAAACAAGAACAUUAACAUAAAAGUGCAUAAAUAAAACUAAAAGACUAAAACUUUGAAUUUAAAUAAAGUAAUAAGUGUAGAAGAAUACCCCCUUUAAAGAUGAGAAGCAAUCCAUUGAAAUGCAAGUAGAAAGCUUGAAUCUUGGAGUAGAGACCUCUACAAUCUACACUAAUGCUAGAGAGAUGAAAUGUAGAAACCCUAAUCUAAAAUGUAAAAUCUAUUCUAAUGUGACUUCUCUAAUGGCUUCCCCCCCAAAUCUGAUCUGCAACUGAUAUUUAAAGUGUCAAAUUCGGGCUGGGCAAAUGACUACUAAGGGUAGAAGGUCUGAAAAUGAAUACAGAGCAAACUGGUGGUAGUUUCGUCAUUCUGUGCUUCAAAUCAGAAUAGGGCUGCAGGCCCAUUUCUUCUUCGUAGUUCGUACGCAGCACUGUAGGGCUGAUCUUCGGUUUCACCAUAGCUGCGGGUGCGGCUCUUUUCCUCUCUGAUGCCGAAGCCGUUGAGCGGAUACAAUGGCCGCGUCGAGCUUCUGCUACGGGUCUUCUCCUCCGCCGAAACUUAAGUGAUUACCGAGGUCGGCGGCAGUGAACCUUCUCCAUCUCGAGGGACGCCUGCAACGGUGAUUAGGCAGAGACCGGGGCGGUUGGCCGAAGCGUAGGAGUGCAGUCUCGUGAGGAUGACGGUUGGUAGUGAUUGCGUGGGCUAUGGCGAUGGUGAUGUCCUGGAUCCCGGCGUGUGGCCGUGACUUCACAGUUGCCAUCCUGUUCUGCUCCUGCGGGUUACUCUGCUGCCCGUUGGAUUCUUUGCUGCUGCUCUACUGGAUGGACUACGGGAGAUGGCAGGCUGCCAUAGGAAGGUUGACCUGUUCACUGGUCAGCUGUAUCUUGACCCAAAAUUGACCAAAUGUGUUCUCAGUCUUCCAUGAUGGCUCGGGAUGCUUCUAAAUGUCCAAAAU